CGUUCUGGGAGCACGGGAGCCUGACAUCAGAGGCUGGCUGAGCCGGCACUCACCCUCGACCCACCUGCCCUGUAAUGGUAGCCUAUCAGUAGUAGGUUUCAGGUUGCCUGGGCAUGUAGGCAGAGUUAGCGGCUGCCAGGUGUUCGGAGCCACAAGCGCUCCAGGUACUCUGGGGGCUUCUCUAUCUGCGGUGCUGUCUCCCGUGGAGAUGCCCAACUGACAGGAGAGCUAGUGAGGACCCUUUCGACACAACUCCGCUGCGCCCAUGGCUCUGCCAGCCAGUCUGUUGCCCCUGUGCUGCUUGGCACUCCUGGCACUGUCUGUCCAGAGCUGCGGGCCGGGCCGGGGACCGGUUGGCCGGCGGCGUUACGUGCGCAAGCAGCUUGUGCCUCUGCUGUACAAGCAGUUUGUGCCUAGUGUCCCCGAGCGGACCCUUGGCGCGAGUGGGCCAGCGGAGGGGAGGGUAGCAAGAGGGUCCGAGCGCUUCCGGGACCUCGUACCCAACUACAACCCCGACAUAAUCUUCAAGGAUGAGGAGAACAGCGGGGCUGACCGCCUGAUGACAGAGCGUUGCAAAGAGCGGGUGAAUGCUCUAGCCAUUGCGGUGAUGAACAUGUGGCCCGGAGUGCGCCUACGUGUGACUGAAGGCUGGGAUGAGGAUGGCCACCACGCUCAGGACUCUCUCCAUUACGAAGGUCGUGCCUUGGACAUCACCACGUCUGAUCGUGACCGCAAUAAGUAUGGUUUGCUGGCGCGCCUAGCUGUGGAAGCCGGCUUCGACUGGGUCUACUACGAGUCCCGAAACCACGUCCACGUGUCGGUCAAAGCUGAUAACUCACUGGCGGUCCGAGCUGGAGGCUGCUUUCCGGGAAAUGCCACGGUGCGCCUGCGGAGCGGCGAGCGGAAGGGACUGAGGGAACUCCAUCGUGGUGACUGGGUGCUGGCCGCGGAUGCAGCGGGCCGGGUGGUUCCCACGCCGGUGCUACUCUUUCUGGACCGGGAUUUGCAGCGCCGAGCAUCUUUCGUGGCUGUGGAGACCGAGCGGCCUCCGCGCAAACUGCUGCUCACACCCUGGCAUCUGGUGUUCGCGGCUCGCGGGCCAGCGCCGGCUCCAGGUGACUUUGCACCGGUGUUCGCGCGCCGGUUACGCGCUGGGGACUCGGUGCUGGCUCCCGGAGGGGACGCACUGCGGCCGGCUCGCGUAGCCCGGGUGGCGCGUGAGGAAGCCGUGGGCGUGUUCGCACCACUCACUGCGCACGGGACGCUGCUGGUUAACGACGUCCUCGCCUCCUGCUACGCGGUUCUGGAGAGUCACCAAUGGGCCCACCGCGCCUUUGCUCCUCUGCGCCUGCUGCACGCGCUAGGGGCGCUGCUCCCCGGGGGUGCGGUCCAGCCUACUGGCAUGCAUUGGUACUCCCGACUACUUUACCGCUUGGCGGAGGAGUUAAUAGGCUGAGUAGUCCUCCAGGCUCUGGACGAAAACCGAUGCUGAGACAGACUAAGAUCUGGGGAUCUGGGCAGCAAGAGAGUGCGUGGCGAAAGAGGGGGGGGGAAAGAAAGGCUGUGCUGGAACUUUUUGGUUUAAGGGCAAGUUUUAGCUGAGAGGAGUGGUCCCCUGGUCCUUGAUAACUGGGUUUGCUGGUAAGCACUCUUUAAUGAGGACUUUUUUUUUUUGCGUCUUCCCCGGUGCCUCAGUCUCACCCGAUAAUUUUAUUUCUAUUUAUAAAUUGUAAUAUAAUGAUCUGCUUGUCCAGCCCACCAAGGGGAGGACCUAGAGUGUGGCGUUAACACUGUUUGACAUGGCCAGCCAAUCUGACGUCUCACACUCUCACAUUUUCCUGCAGGUGGCUUAAUAAAAGGAAGGCUUAUUGGAAA